AUGCUAGCGUCCAAAGCCGUGGCACGUCUGCGUACGUUUUUCGCGGUUGCCGCGUUGAUCGUGGGCCGUUGCGCCGGCAGGCCAGCGUCUGUCGGAGCCGGAGUUCCAAACCACGGUGACAACCAGAAGGACCUGCUACCGCUCCAACACACCAUUAUCGAAGUGUCGCCGGGCGAAACGGCUGUGCUCCAGUGUCCCAGCAACGAUGAACACCACAGGUUCCAGUUCUGGUGGAUGAAACCCGACCAGAUCAUAGGGCCCGGCACAGCGCCCAGCAGCGACAAAUUCAAAUACGAAGUCCUCACAGGCACUCUUUACAUCAAGCAAGUAACACCUCAAGAAAGCGGGAUCUACACGUGCGUGUGUAAACAACUCGGAAACAUAUCGAUGACGGCAAGGUCGGUACAGCUGGAAAUAAAAAAGGAAUGGAAAGACCUCUGGGAAAACGACUACACGGUUAACAGCAUACGAUUGGCGGCUGUCUUGAGCGUGUUGGUGUUGCUGAUGCUGUUGCUGUACUUGUUUUACCUAACGGCAUAUAAGAAUAGUAACAGAACGUUGCACUUCAGGGAAGAUUCAGACGAAGACGUGUCGAUGGACAGACAGAUGUACAGAAAAACUAAUAUAAUGAAAGAAAACAUGUUUCAACACGGCAUAGACAACCCGACGCUGGAAAAAGAAACGUCCCAAGUCAAAAAUAACGGAGAGACGAAGGCGUAA